GAAGCAGACUUGUUUUCAAGUUCUAACAGCAAUAUGGUGAAGACAAGGCAAUUAUCUCAUGGAAUUUCUAGAUUAUGUCUAAUUAGCCACUUGAAACUAAGGUCAGGAUGGAAUAGUGAGGACCAAGUGAAACAUCAGGAGAUUCUUCUGCCUUGAAACUUUCUUUCCAGAAAAAUGGCAAUGGCAAAAUUAGCUGAAAACCUCAAGGAAGAGCUGACUUGUCCUGUGUACAUGGACUACUUCAGCCACCCAGUGAAUUUAGGCUGUGGCCAUAGCUUUUGCCAACCUUGCCUCCUUAGGACCUGGAGAGAAGUUGACAAAUCCUGCCCCUGUCCUGAAUGCAGAAGAGCCUUCCAGAUAAAAGACUUGGAGUCCAACCAUUGCUUGGGAAAGCUGUCUAGCUUAGCUAGAAACAUUAGACCCUACUUAUUGCAGCUGAGGAUGGAAAGAGCAAUAUGUGAGAGACACCAGGAAGAACAAAAGUUAUUCUGUGAGGAGGAUCAAACCCUCCACUGUGUAUCCUGUUUUGAAAGCCAGGAGCAUAGCAGGCAUACAGUGCACCUUAUAGAAAUGGCUGCAGAGGAUUCUAGAGACAAGCUCCAGAAAACUUUGGAUCUUCUCUGGAAAGAAGUGGAGAUGAUUCAAAACAUGCUGACUGAAGAGAGACAGAAAAUGGAGACUUGGAAUGAACAGGCAGAUGCUUGGAGGGAGAGCAUUAGAGCAGAAUAUAAGAGAUUAUAUGAGUUCCUAAAGUGUGAGGAAAAGUGGCACCUUCAAAACUUGAGCAGAGAUGAAAGUAAGAACAUUAAGAAUCUUAGAGAAAGUGAGACCAGGCUUUCUCAACAUCUUCAGAGCUUAAAGGAGAUCAUUAUAGAUCUUGAGCAAAAUGGCCAGAAACCAGAUCUCCAGCUUCUGAAGGUAGGAGGAGGUACACUGAAGAGGAUCAAGUCCCUUUUAAGUCAUCGUCCAGAAGCUACCAUUAUUCAAGUGUCCAUGGCUCCAAUCACUGGAAUCUGGGAAAUGAUGAAACACUUCAGAGUGAAUGUGACACUGGAUCCUGAAAGUGCCUGUCCUUAUCUCAUUGUGUCUGAAAAUAUGAAGACUGUAACCCAUAGAGGAUAUCAGCAGUAUAUACCAGUUGCUCCGCACCAAUUUGAAGAUAGUAUCAUUUUGGGGGCUCAAGUCUUUACCUUUGGAAUGCACUACUGGGAAGUAAAUGUGGGAGAAAGUAGGAAAUGGGCAGUUGGGGUAUGUAAGGCAUCAUUAAGUAGGAAUGCAAGUGUUUCUCUUUCUACUGGGGAUGUAUUUCUCCUUACACAUUUUCAGAAGCGAAAUACUUAUUCUAUGAUGACCACACCUUUCUGCAUAGAAUAUCAUUCAAAUUCACCAAUCCAAAAAGUAGGAAUUUUUCUAGGUUAUGAUCAAGGAUCCAUUUCAUUUUAUGAUGCUUUGAAGAAUUCUUUAAUAUUUCGUUUCCCUGCCUUCCCCUUCUCUGACCCCCUGAAACCUAUAUUUUGUCCUUGUCCCCCCAGGGGAGAAGAGAAUGGGAUUCCAAUGACUAUAGAUCCUUGAAAUAUCCAUUUCUGAAUAAGCUUCUAUCUCAGACUCUUCCUGAAGGACAGAGCUCCUAAGUCUAAUAAAUCACCGUUGGUACUCCUCAUGAUGUGUGUGAUGUAAAAGUGUUUCUACUGGGUGAUUAUGAAGAAGUCAUCAGAUAUUUAUUACUUGGAUCCAAAAUUAAUAUACAAAUAAGUCUUUUCAGAAAGGCUGCUAUUCUACCAAAUAAACACUCAGGGAGCCCUCAGUAGGGUUUUAAAUAAAAACAAUGACUUGGAAUAAAUAAAUAAAUUAAAAAAAUAAACUUGGUGUCAUUGUGGGUUCAAAUCUUGGGUCUGCCUAUUAGUAAUGGCAUUACUUUAGGUAUAGCUCUUACAUUCUUUGAGACUAAAUCAAGUUAUACUAUCUACUUCCUGGUCAAGUUUCUAAAGUGUCUUAUCAUUGUGCUAUGUAAAUAUUAAGAAUAAAUGAUUAUUUG